GUCAUUCUCUCAACUUCACCCCUCGUACUCGCCCAGUCGGUCAUAGCCUUCGCCUUUCUUUUGUUUUGUUAUUCGCUCUUCGCAUCGAUUCUGUAUUCGCGUCAACUCUGUUUCUCUCAUAGAGGAAUCGCCGUUUCUCUCUGUAAGGCAGCUUCAGUUUUCUGGAUCUGAUUUUGUUUCUUUGUCCUUUAGUUCGUCUCUUUUGUUUGGUUUCUUGCAAAAUUGAGAUAUACUCUAGCAACAAUGAAGACUGCCAAGGGUAAAGGGGCAGCAAAGGCAUCAAAGGAAGCUUUGAAGCCUACUGAUGACAGAAAGGUUGGAAAGAGGAAGGCAGCAACUGUUGCUGAUAAAAGUAGCAAACAAAAGGCUAAGAAGGAGAAAAGGGCAAAGAAAGACCCAAACAAACCAAAGAGGCCUCCUAGUGCUUUCUUUGUCUUCCUUGAGGAGUUCCGAAAGACUUUCAAGAAAGAGAAUCCUAAUGUGUCGUCUGUAGCUGCUGUUGGAAAAGCUGGAGGAGAGAAGUGGAAAUCAAUGACUUCUGCUGAAAAAGCUCCAUAUGAAGCCAAAGCUUCCAAAAAGAAGGAUGAGUAUGGGAAGCUUAUGAAUGCCUACAACAAGAAGCAGCAGAGCGCAGCUGCUGAUGGUAAUGCAGAGUCAGACAGGUCAAAGUCUGAAGUGAAUGAUGAAGAUGAUGAGGCUACUGGAGAGGAGGGGGAGGAGGAGGAGGAGGAGGAGGAAGAAGAGGAAGAGGAUGAUGAUGAUGAUUGAAAUUGGAUGGUUUUGAUUUUGGGCAUCAUGUGCUUUGAAGGACAAAUUUUUGGGUCUUCUAGAUGCAUUUUGUUAGGUUAUAUUUGGACUUAAAAGUUUAAGCAGGAAAAUUGGCUUACUGCCUUGUCCAGCUGAUAUGGUGCUUUGUCAGUUACUUGGACACUAUGAACUGUCUCAGUUUAGUUAAAUACCAUAUUUAUACUUGUAUGAUUUCAUCUUUAAUAUGUUUUGCCUCCUGCAAUUGAUAUAUAAUAAUUACUCUGGCAACA